AUGUUGAGCGGGGGCGCCGCUGUUGCAGAACUGCCCGACGAAGGCGGAGGCGCGGCGGAGCGCGGCCAAGAUCGCCCUCAUGAACUCCGUCUUCAACGAGCACCCCUCCCGCAGGAUAUCCGACGACUUCAUCGAGAAGGCCGUGGCCGAGGCCAGAGCCUCCUUCAAGUGGCGGCGGCGGCGGCGGAGGCGGAGGCGGAGGCGGAGGCGGCGGCGGCGCAAGGUCAGGGAUGUUGCAGCGCGGUCGCCGCCGCCGCCGCCGCCGCCGCCGCCGCCGCUGCAUGCCAGAGCCUGCCGGAGAGAGGACCGACAAGAGAGAAGCGGAGGGAGGAGAGCAGGAGAGAGAAGAGAGAGAGAGAGAGAGAGACAUGA